GGCGGUAAUAAAUAUAUUAUUAGAUAAGACUUUUCCGCGAAAUAAGUGACAUUAGUCCGUAAAAAUCUCACCGGUAAUAAGAUUACGUUACCAAAGCAUGAAAUCAGAUAAAAACUAAGAAAAAAAAACUUUGCGGUUGCAACAAAAAAAACAAGCGCACUUAUCUAUUACGAAAUUGACGCAUAAGUAAAGAAAAAACUAUUCAUUACUUUAAUUUUGAGUUAGUUUUACAUAUUAUAUUUGAGAUACACGCUAAACUGUAAUUUACUUGAUCAUUACAAAAUUAGAUACGCUCCAAUUCGUUACGAAUUGGAAUUCCGAAUACCAACGAAUAAAUAACUAAGUUACGCACAUGUGCUUUGUAUAUGUAAUUAAUACUAAAAUCUAAAACACGGAUCUUAAAUUACACGAGAGCACGUGUAAAACUCAUCACAUCGCUAAUUAAAUAAUCGCUUUUUUAAUUCAUUAUUACAGUAAUAAUUUAAUAAAAUGCUCGUUUAAUGCGCGUGCAAUAACAACGGUGAAAGUGCGCCAAUGUAACACCUAAACCAUCGACAAAACAGUCACACCUGAUUAACUAUGACAAAAAACGUGAAUUGAACCAAAGUAUAAAUUGGUCGUUGCUCGCACACAGCUGUCAGUUGUCUUUGGGAAUUACUCAGAAUCAGAAUGUUGACACGGUACAGUUUGGUAGCCAUUGCCGUGGCCCUUCUCGUCAUUUACGUUGAAUCGAAGAGUGUCUCUUACGAUUUGGAAACAGCCGCUUCCGGUCACCACGAAGAAUGGAAAAAGGGCGGCGGUAGUGAUCAACAUUCGGAUCACCAUAGCAGCAAAGGUGAUAAAGGUGAGAAAGGUUAUAAAGGAUUCCAUGAUUACGAGAAAGGCGAAAAAGGACAUCACGACAAAGAAGGCCAUAGUGGUUCGUAUGGUGAAGAUGGCGGACACAAAAAAAAUCAUCACCACGAUGAUGGUUAUCAUGCUCACCAUGAAAAAGGAGAGAAAGGCGAAAAAGGAAGCGAAUUCGGGGAAAAAGGCCAUUACAAGAAGGGUCACAGCACCCACGGCGGACACGACGUUCACAAAAAAGAAGAAUACAAAAAAGACAAACACUUCUUCGAUGAAGACCAUGACGAAGGAGAACACGAAAAAUACGGAGGAUUCCACCACGAAGACGGAUACAAAAAGGGAGGUCACGAAAAAGGAGGACACCACAAGAGCGGACAUCAUGAAGAUCACUACGGCAAGAAAGGUCACCAUGAAAAGGGAGGACAUUUCCAUGAUGAAGGUGGCCACAAGAAGGGUGAUGAUCACGAGGAACAUUAUGAGCAUGGUUCCAAAUAUGGAAAGAAGGGAGGUGAUGAGGGUCAUAAGAAAUGGGGAAGCCACCACGAAGAAAAGCAGGGAGGACAUUAGAUUGACCAACAUUUUCUCACAAAUUUGUGUUCUGUUGUUGUUGUUAGAUGUUUUUAAGUUAUUAUAAGGUUAAUCCAAAAUGAAAUUGUUGAGAAAAAUCUUAUUCUUUUGUAUGUAUACCUUGUAAAGUCUC